UUGAAGGAAGAGGAGACUGAAGAAAAUAAUUAAUCAGUUGUUUAGUUUGUGCUUGCAGUGAUUACUCAUCAGUUUAUUAUCAUAAUUCACUGCCAUCAUGGAGAACGGAAUUGAAAAGACAUUCAAUUUUAAAUAUGAUCGUUAUGGUAUAGACAUCAGCCAUCAGCUGGUGAUUCCUUUACCAUCAUGUGUUAAUAUUGCAGAAAUAGCCUACUAUAUUUUUAACCAUUAUAAUAUUCCACCCAAUUUAGAGGAUAUUUUAUUUAACCAAUUGAGCCAGUUCGUUAAGGAGGAAGAAGAGGAAUACGAAUUACGGGGAUUUAUAGAAGCCCAAGAGCGAUUCAUCAAGGAUGAAAACAUACAAGAAAGAAGUGAACAUUUACUCAAUUUUGAUAAGCUCUUAUUGAACAAAAGUAAAUCUGUUCGAGUUUUAGAUAAAUCAGUUUCGGAUGAGGAAUGCAAAUUUCACGAAAAGUAUCAUCGAUUAAUUCAUUCUGGAUUCUUAACCGAGCCAAUCAUCUUUUUGGACCACUCGUAUCGAGUUGCUGUACAGGAUUUGGUUUCACGAAAACUCGAUGAACUAAGUUCUGUUUGUGAAGAGCAAGCAGAUGAAACUGAUAAAUUACUCAGACAAAUGGAUUUAGGAAAAACUGAUGAAGACGUUAAUAGACUCUCAUUGAGAUAUUUUAAUAAAGUAGAGGCGUUGAAAACUCGCUGGGAUCAAUCAAUACAUGAUCUCCAAGGUGCUCAAAAGAAGGAAUUCCGUGAUUGGAUUCAUAAAAUUUUUGAAGAUUUCGUUAAUCAGCAAGCAAAGGAUUCUUUGGUUAAAGAAAUUAAUGAAAGAUCAAAAUUAUCCCUCAUCAACGGUGAAUGGUCUGAUAUAGCAGAGAUCGACAAUGCUGAUAUGGAAGAAAGUUUUACAAUAAAUUUAAGUGCUCAGCUUAAAUCAUCUCAUAAUCUUCGUCUAAGGUCAAUGCAAAUCUUGGAUAUGUGUGAUUCAAGUACCGGCUUAAUUUCAAAACCAAAUCCUCAUCGAAUCCAAACAGCUAUGUCACUUUACUCAAAUUCACUCUCUGGACUUAUCCUUCUUGUUGACAAUAGAAUCAAUAGUUAUACUGGCAUUAAAAAGGAAUUCAGUGAAAAGUGUCUUCAAUCAACCGAUUUCCAUUUCCCUGAUAUUGAGGAACAGUUGAGUACGAUUCGUUUAAAAGCGAGUAAAUUUGAUGCCAAUAAAAAGUCUAUAGAACUAUCACCAUUAAAACCAGGAGACUUUUACAUCACUCGACAUUCCAAUUUGUCACAAGUCCAUGUUGUCUUUCAUUUAGUUAUUGAUGAAUCCAUUUAUUCCAAUGAUGUCAGUUCUCGCCAUUCGGUUAUACUUGGGCUUAGGAAUAUCUUAAAGGUUGCUCAUUGGAAUGACAUAAAUACAAUAUCAAUACCGCUACUGUUAAUCCACGAACUUUCUGAUGAUAUCACAUUGAAUUGGUGUUUGAAAAGAGCCGAGCUUGUUUUGAAAUGUGUUAAAGGAUUCAUGAUUGAAAUGGCUUCUUUCUCGCCUACCAGUUAUGAGAAUAAAACAAUCCAAUUCAUCGUACCCAAGGGUGUAUCUACAGAACUCUUCUCUAACCUGACCUCCAUGCUCUCCAGUAUUUUUCGAAUUUCUAAUCCUCUGGUCUUGAAAUCUAAAGAUCCAAACCUUUGUAACUCAAAAUAAAUUAAACUCUGAUUGGGAUUGAGAAAA